AUGAGUGAUCCACGGACAGCCCUCAGCACAGAGCCCGAUGUGGACGAGAUGCUCAGUAAACAGCAGCUGACGCACUACCUGGGGAACAGUUCCGUGUACUCGCUGGAGACGAAAAUGAGACUCAAAAGCAAUGAUGCGCAUAACACUGAAAGGGUCUUCCCACAACUGAAGCGCUGUGUAAAAUCCCUCCAGGAGGCUCACCGGCUCCGGGAACCAGCUGCUCAGACCAACAAUCAGAAGGCCCAGGGUGCCGGCGCUCCGAGCCUCCCGAGCCUCCCGCGGGCUUUGGCGUCGGCUCCUCCCCGGCGGCCCGUCCCGGAGGAGGACUGGCGGGCACACCCACCCCCGGGCUGGGCUGUCACCGCCGCCGCGCGGGCCGGGGAGAAGGCCCGGAGGACGGCUGGGCUCGCCCCCGCCCGGGUCUCCGGUGGGCGGCUGACGGCCCAGCCACCGGCUCCCCGGGCUCCGCUCGCCGGGUCCGGUGGCGCCCGGCCGCUCCUCCAGCCCCACCCCCGCCCGCUGCAAGGGCCGCCCCGGGCCCAGGGCACGCCGGACGCCUCCGCCCCGGACGAGCACAAAGACGCACGCACGGCGCAGGGACCCUCGGCCUCCCCGCCCGUCGCCGGCACUGACAGGUGUCGCUCGGCCGUGGCGCCCGAGUCCCGCGGCCCGGCCAGCGCGGGAGGUAGAGAGGGGGUCCACGCGCCGCCCGCUCACCACCCCCGGCCCCGUCCCGGUCCUCGCGUCUCACCUGCGCCCCCAGGCCCAAGCCCCGCCGCCCGGCCCGGCAGCCGCCGGCGCUUCCUGCUCGCGACUUCCUGGGGCGGCGCGCGGAGGCCCCGGCGGCCCUUUCACUUUCCUGAGGCCGCGGGGCGCCCGGCCGGGCGGUGGCGGCGGCGGCGGCAGCGGCUCGGCCCCUCCCCCUCCGACUCAUCCCCUCCUCGGUCCUCCCGCGGCCCCGGAGCGCACCCGGGGGCCCAGCCAGCCCCGGGGAGGCCGGGCGGGGGCGCCCCCACGAGGAGACCCCGGGCCACCGCCGCUCAGGAGUCCUCCCCGCGGUCCCCACUCCUUGCACCUACCUGCGGGCGCCCGGGCUUGAGUUCGAAACUGGCCAAAGAGGAGCUCCCCAAGGACCCUUUGUCCUCAAGACUAACUUCUGAUUGUCACGAUUACCUGGUUGAACCAUCUUUGGCAGUUUGAUCCUCUCCGGGAAGACACAAUUGAAAAUGACAAGACAACCCGAAGUCAGAACUUCCCCAAAGACCUACGGAUAGACAGAACGUGCUUGGUUACUAUAUGAGUAACCACAGAGUAAUUAUUUAACAGUUACUAAGUGCUGAGUAACAAUAAUGCAAUUAUUAAUAAUAAUAGCUCAUAUUUACUAGGUGUUUUACUGUGCAAGGCCCGUGCUAAGCUCAUUAUAAACAUCUUAUUUAGACCUCACAACAGCCCUAAAAGGGCAGUGAACUAUUACCUCCAUUUUACAGAUGGGUAAAUUGGCUUCAGAAAGAAGCAAACAGCUAGGAUUUCAAACCUGGGUCUGACUCCUACCCACUAAAUGCCAUAAAAACUCCAUUUUAAAAAAGAAGUUACAAGGCCUGUGUUUUUAUAUCUACCUACAGAUAUACCUAAAAGUGU